AUGGCUUUCGAGGCGCUGGCGGAGGCGGCGGAGCGGUGGUGCGCCCGCACGCCCUUCCAGCUCAUCGCCGCCGAGGAGACGGAGCGGCGCAUGGACUUCUACGCCGAGCCCGGCGUCUCCUUCUACGUGCUCUGCCCGGAGGCCGCCUGCGGCGACAAUUUCCACGUGUGGAGCGAAAGUGAGGACUGCUUACCUUUUCUGCAGCUGGCGCAGGAUUACAUCUCUUCCUGUGGGAAAAAGACACUCCAUGAAAUAUUGGAAAAAGUCUUCAAAUCCUUCAGACCCUUACUUGGGCUUCCAGAUGUUGAUGAUGAUGCAUUUGAAGAAUAUAACGCAGAUGUGGAAGAAGAGGAACCAGAAGCUGAUCACCAACAGAUGGGUGUCAGUCAGCAGUGAUUUU